AUGAAUGAGUGGUCUUUUUUGAGAAUUUUUCUUCAAAAAGCGUCAUUCGCGAAUGCAGAAUCGUUAUCGCUGACAGUGAAAUUGUUCAUUUUAUGGCAGUUAUUCAGCGAGAAACAAUUGAAAGUAACAUUUUUCUUUUGGUUGAGGUGUGCUCACAGUGUAGAGCCAUUGCUCGAUAUGGUCACGAAUUAUUUGCCUGCUCCGACGGAACGUCAUCAGAUGCUAUCAGCUGUUUUUGGUGAUGANGGUGAUGAUCUCAGCGCUUUGGUUUUCAAGGUUCAUCUUUUUUUAAAAUGUUCAUUUCGUUUUUCGAAGGUUGGGCACGAUCGAAGACGUGGUCCACUAUGUUUCGUUCGGGUUUAUACGGGUCAAAUAUCGAAUUCUUCGUCAGUCUUCAAUGCAAAUCGUUCGAAUGUUGAGAGUCGCAUUAAUACAUUUGUACCACACAGUGAUAUCUUACAACCAGUUGAUGCUAUCAAGGUGGAAAAAACUGUAGAUUGGUUCAUUCAGGCAGGAAAUAUUGGUGUUUUGACGGGUCUUCAAUCAACCGUAACCGGCGAUACGUUAUUGACAAGUGAACAUUCGGCGAAAUUGGCCAUUGAAAGACGACAUAAAAUUGUUAAGGAGCAGAAAGACAAAAUUCAUGAUACACAUCAUUUCGGUGCGCACGAUCUUUUCAUACCUCAGACCGAUGCACCAUUGCUGUUCACGUCUGAUGAUCAAACGCGCCGACUAGAGGAAAUAUCAGAAGUGGGGAAAUCCGUAUUGUUGACCGGAAUCGAUGCACCUGAUCCGGUUUAUUUUUGCUCAGUUGAACCACCAUCCGCUGGAGCAGUGCAUAAUUUCGAAAAGAUNGAUUAUGGUUUGGAUGUGUUCAUGGGACCUUUACAGGUUGCCUAUCGUGAAGUGAUCACAAACACGGCAACGUUCACAACAUCUGUCGAAGACACCCUCAGUGAUCGAAAGCACACGUGUACACUCACGCUUCAGGUAUCACCUUGUUCAAAGGAACGAAAAUUCAAAUCGGUAUUGGUGAGAUUGGACGAUGAUAGUAGCAAACCGUAUAUUCGUGCGGAUUGGUUGAAGGCAGUAAACGAGGGAUGCGCGGGCGCUUUACAUAAUGGA